UGUAGAGAUUGACGAAGCAAAGAAAAAUGAAAACAUUGACUUCCAUAUUAUUAUAUUAGAAGAAGACUUGAGGCAGGCAUAUGCGAUUUGUCCAUUAGAUGCCGGAGAUUAUUCUGGGUUUUUGAUGGAGGGAGGUUCACAUAAAUAGCAUCCAUCAUCUCUUUGCAACAAACCUGCUUCUCUAUCUCUUCUCUUUCAUCAAUCCAAAAGUUGUUGGGGGAAGACAGUCACCACAAGAACUUGUGAAACUCUCUAGUGAUGGCUAGGAAUCAGUUAGGAGUGCUUAAUGCACUUGAUUUGGCAAAGACACAAUGGUACCAUUUCACUGCAAUCAUAAUUGCUGGAAUGGGUUUCUUCACAGAUGCAUACGAUCUUUUCUCCAUUUCACUUGUUACUAAAUUACUUGGUCGUAUAUACUACCAUGUCGAUGGGGCAGCAAAGCCUGGCACGCUGCCUCCCAACGUUGCAGCAGCAGUUAAUGGCGUGGCGUUUUGUGGUACUUUAGCUGGCCAGCUCUUCUUUGGAUGGCUUGGUGACAAAUUAGGCAGGAAGAAGGUCUAUGGAAUGACCCUUAUGCUUAUGGUGGUCUGUUCCGUUGCCUCAGGACUUUCCUUUGGACAUUCUGCAAAGGGUGUCAUAGCCACACUCUGUUUCUUCAGAUUUUGGCUUGGUUUUGGGAUUGGAGGUGACUACCCUCUCUCUGCAACAAUCAUGUCCGAAUAUGCUAAUAAAAAGACUCGUGGGGCAUUUAUCGCCGCAGUGUUUGCAAUGCAAGGAUUUGGAAUUCUAACUGGUGGGAUUGUUGCUCUGAUUGUGUCAGCGGCCUUUGAUCAUGCCUACAGCGCCCCUACUUAUGAAGUUAAUCCAUUAGGCUCAACCGUGCCGGAAGCAGACUAUGUUUGGCGAAUCAUUUUGAUGUUUGGAGCUGUACCAGCAGCCAUGACUUACUACUGGCGAAUGAAGAUGCCUGAGACAGCUCGUUACACAGCUCUCGUUGCAAAGAAUGCGAAGCAGGCAGCUUCAGACAUGUCUAGAGUACUGCAGGUGGAGCUUGAAGCAGAAGAGCAGAAGGUAGAGCAGAUAUCUCAUGACCCAUCCAAUUCAUUUGGUCUUUUCACCAAGGAAUUUGCCCGUAGACAUGGGCUUCACUUGCUUGGAACCACUGUCUGCUGGUUCUUGCUGGACAUAGGAUAUUACAGUUCAAAUCUUUUCCAGAAGGAUAUCUUUAGCGCAAUCGGUUGGAUUCCAGCUGCACAGACCAUGAAUGCAAUUCAUGAAGUAUAUGUGGUUGCCAGAGCACAAACACUUAUUGCCUUAUGUGGCACAGUUCCUGGAUAUUGGUUCACAGUGGCUCUCAUUGAUCGUAUAGGGAGGUUUUUCAUCCAAGUGAUGGGUUUUUUCUUCAUGACUGUAUUUAUGUUUGCUCUGGCAAUACCUUAUCAUCACUGGACUUUGAAGGAGAACAGGAUUGGGUUCCUGAUCAUGUACUCGUUGACAUUUUUCUUCGCCAAUUUUGGACCAAAUGCCACCACAUUCGUUGUUCCAGCAGAGAUUUUCCCUGCAAGGCUAAGGUCAACUUGCCAUGGAAUAUCUGCAGCUUGUGGAAAGGCUGGGGCUAUUGUCGGUGCAUUUGGGUUCCUCUAUGCUGCACAGCCCACAGACCCUGCAAAGACUGAAGCUGGCUACCCACCUGGCAUUGGAGUGAAAAAUUCGCUUAUCGUGCUUGGUGUGAUCAACUUCUUUGGAAUCUUGUUCACAUUAUUGGUGCCAGAAUCGAAAGGAAAGUCCCUGGAAGAGCUUACAGGAGAAAACGAGGAUGAAGCACCAGAAACCUCUUCGAGUAGGACAGUGCCAGUAGUAUGAAUAUGAUUUGGCUUCACCAAACAACUUCAUCAGAUGAAAUUAUGUUAUUAGAAAAUUUGUAAAAUUUUAAGUGCUUCUCACUCCUCAAGUUUUUUUCUGCUUCUAUUCUGUGUAUUGAAUAAUUAUUGACAGUGUAUUUAAAUGUGAUGUAAUACUUGUUUCCUUCAA